AUGGCGCAGUCUUCAAAGCUCCCCUUCGAUAUCCAUCCGGCGCUGAUACCGUGGUCUCGCGAGGACGUUUUGCAGGGCAUAAGUGACACCAGGGAACGGAGAAAGUUGCAGAAUCGGAUCAAUCAAAGAGCUCGACGGACCCGUCGGCGACAAGUUGCGGCCAAAGCUACCCCUGGCGACUCCAUUCAUGCAGAUGUCAUCCAAGCUGAUCUCCCCCUACUCCUAAGGCGUGACCAGACCACGCGGAUACCACAGGUGGAUUUUAGGAAACUCUGGCAUGCGAUAGAAACCCAUGAUCCCCGUUUCUGGGAAAAUGAGCCGUACAUUCGCGCGUUCAAGGAUUUCAUGUACACGAAUUGGCUGGCGCGAGCGCCCAGGCCAGCCCUGCUACAUAGUCUAGUCCAGUUCAACUUUGUUCACGCAUUACUAGCAAAUGCUGCAGUCCUUGGCAUCACAGCCAGCCAGCUUGGAGGUGCGGGCAUUUCCCAUUUCUAUGUGGUAAGACCAUUGCCACCUGGUGUAGACUCUAAAGUCAACGAGCUUCCUUCUGGGCUGCAGCCAACCGAACUACAACGCCAGACGUCGCAUCACCCCUGGUUUGAUCUUCUUCCAUUACCCCAAAUGCGUGACAACUUGCUUCGUCAUGGCGUAGAGGACUUGGACGAGGACAGUCUUUGUUGUACUAUGGGAGGCUUCGAGGAAUGCAGAGAGUCCGGGUUCAUUAUAUGGGGUAGUUCCUGGGAUGUGUCGAGUUGGGAGGUAACGGAAGAUUUCGUUCGGUCCUCAUGGGGGUGGAUAAUUAAUGGGUGUUGGGAACUUCGCCAAUCAACCAACAACUGGCGGGCAAAAAGGGGUGAACCACCUCUCUUCCUCCCAACCGCAGAAGUUAACAGUGAUAGACACGAGAGUUAG